CGCGAGCUGUGUACAAGGCAGCGGGCAGAGCUUUCUGGAGAGAGACGCCGUCUGGGACUUUACAACAUCCACACACCCGUCCCUUGUCAUCCUCCUCCUGGUAGAUAUCGUUGACUGCGGGCGGGUUGGACGGGUUUGAUGCGGCGGGUCGCGUGCUCGGACUGACAGCCAGCUGUAAGCUGCUACCGCAGACCUGUUAUCAUGACGGCAGACGAGACUAUAAGCCUCAAGGAGGCGGAGGUGAUCAAGCUGAUGCUGGACUUCCUGAACUCCAGGAAGCUGCACAUCAGCAUGCUGGCUUUAGAGAAGGAGAGCGGCGUCAUCAAUGGACUCUACUCGGACGACAUGCUCUUUCUUAGGCAGCUCAUUCUGGACGGCCAGUGGGAGGAGGUGAUGCAGUUCAUUCAGCCUCUGGAAGGAAUGGAGAAAUUUGACAAGAAAAGGUUCCGCUACAUCGUUCUGAAGCAGAAGUUUCUGGAAGCUCUCUGUGUGAAUAACGCCAUGUCUGCUGCUGAAGACCCACAAAACCUGGAGCUCACCAUGCAGGAGGCAGUCAAGUGUCUCCACAGUCUGGAGCAGUACUGCCCGACCAAGGACGACUACAGCAAGCUGUGUCUGCUCCUCACCCUGCCUCGCCUCACCCACCACGCAGAGUUCAAAGACUGGAACCCGAGCACGGCGCGCGUCCACUGUUUCGAGGAAGCCUGUGCUAUGGUGGCUGAGUUCAUCCCUGCGGACAGGAAGCUGAGCGAGGCGGGCUUCAGGGCGAGCGGGAACCGCCUCUUCCAGCUGCUCAUCAAAGGGAUCCUUUAUGAGUGCUGUGUCGAGUUCUGUCAGAGUAAAGCAACUGGUGAGGAGAUCACAGAGGGUGAGGUGUUGCUCGGCGUGGAUUUGCUUUGUGGGAAUGGCUGUGAUGAACUGGACUUGUCGCUGCUCUCCUGGCUGCAGAACCUCUCUCCAGGUGCCUUCUCCUGCGCCUUCCAGCAAAAGACCCUCAAUAUCCACGUGGACCGUCUGGUGAAGCCCAGCAAGGCCGGCCACGCCGACCUGCUGACCCCGCUGAUCAACCGCCUGUCCCCCUGCCCUGCCUCACCCUUCCGCCAGAGGCCUCAUUCAGCAGACACCUACAUGUCCAGAUCCCUCAACCCGGCUUUGGACGGCCUGUCCCACGGUCUGGCAAACCAGGAUAAGAGAGGCAUGGAGGCAAACAUGAAGACUGCCCUCAGUCGGAGCCUGGUGGAGAACAAUGUGCAUCAGCAAGAUGACUCACCUGAAAGAAAACACCCACAAGGGCUGGACGGACCCAACACCACACGCACACCUCUGACCCCUGGAAAAGAUGGAGGGCCCCCCUGCAGCGCAGAAACCAACGAGCGUCUCGACUCCUCAGAGCAGAUCCAGGAAUAUUACAGGCAGCGUCAGCGUGUGCAGCAGCAUCUGGAGCAGAAGAAGCAGCAGAGGCAGCUUUACCAGCAGAUGCUGCUGGAGGGAGGGGUGAAGCCGCAGGACGGAGCCCAAAACAACCUCACUGAGACUUUCCUCAGCAGAUCCAUUCAGAAGCUGGAGGAGAUGAAUGUGGGCAUUGACCACAGAGGAGAUGAGGGGAUGACGCAACAUUUUGGUCAGCAGUGGAACGGACAGAUUGGGAACAACAGCACUUCUAGUCCAAGAACCACCGACAUUCGCCACACCCCUGACACCAGGCCGCCUAGGGACAAGCCAGGUGGGGGGGUCAGCAGCACCCCGUUAAAGAACGGAGGCCGAGGCUUGCCUUCCCUCGGCGAGUCCCCUGUUCCUUCCCGUCAGAGUGCUGAGAAGAUCAGAGGGUCUUGUCCCACAGUCCAAGAUGAUUCUGGAUGCACCGCAACACGUAACUCACAAGAGCCGGGGAAGUCCAAAACACAGUUUGUGAAGGUGAACCAGCUGGAGGACACACAGGCAGUGCGUGCAGUGGCCUUCCAUCCCUCUGGAGCGCUCUAUGCUGUCGGCUCCAACUCAAAAACCCUGAGAGUCUGUGCAUACCCCGAAACACUGACCACCAGUGGCUCUGGAGCAGUAAAGCAGCCGGCGGUUCGCUUCAGAAGGAACAAACACCACAAGGGCUCAAUCUACUGCGUAGCCUGGAGCCACUGUGGACAACUGUUGGCUACUGGCUCCAACGAUAAAUAUGUCAAAGUCCUGCCUUUCAAUGCAGACAGCUGCAAUGCCACAGGCCCAGACCUGGAGUUCAGCAUGCAUGAUGGUACCAUCAGGGACCUGGCCUUCAUGGAGGGCCCUGAGAGUGGAGGAUCCAUCUUGAUCAGCGCCGGGGCUGGAGACUGCAACAUCUACACAACAGACUGUCAGAGGGGACAGGGCCUUCACGCCCUGAGCGGACACACCGGUCACAUUCUGACUCUGUACACGUGGGGAGGAUGGAUGAUCGCCUCUGGCUCUCAGGACAAGACAGUCAGGUUUUGGGACCUGCGGGUCCCCAGCUGUGUCCGGGUGGUGGGCACAACUCUGCACGGCUCAGGGAGCGCAGUUGCCUCAGUAGCAGUGGAUCCGAGCGGCCGUCUGCUGGCCACAGGUCAGGAGGACAGCACCUGCAUGUUGUAUGACAUCAGAGGAGGCCGCAUAGUCCAGACAUAUCGCCCCCACGGCAGCGACAUUCGCUCUGUGCGCUUCUCCCCAGGAGCCCAUCAUCUCCUCACCGGCUCAUAUGAUAACAAAAUCAUCAUCAGUGACCUUCAAGGUGACCUGACGAAGCCACUCCCUCAGACAGUAGCAGGGGAGCACUUGGACAAGGUGAUCCAGUGUAGGUGGCACCCCCAUGACCGGACCUUCCUCUCAUCCUCUGCAGAUCGAACUGUCAUUCUCUGGGCCCCCGGCCCCUGAGCUGCUCACUAGAGAACCACUGGGAAGCACAGGAGCACAGUGUCUGUAUAUGGGGUGUAUGGGGGGUGUGUGUGUGUGUGUAAUGUGUGCGUAUAUAAAUUGUGUGACAGAUGUGUUUUUGAGGUGGAAAAUCUAGUCACUUUAAAGAAGACCUUGGUUGUACAUGUGCGUUUGUGUUUGCGUGCAGCUUUCUACAAAAAAGUCUAGCAGAUUGAGUGAAUAACAAUAAUCAUCUUGUUACACUGCAAUGUUCUUCUGGGAAUCUGGGUCCUUGGGUCAUGUCUUGACACACAAUCACCCAAACACCUUUGCAAAUCAAGUCCAUGGAGGACCCACCGGGGUGUUGGUUGCAGAUCCGUUGAGUCCAAUGGAUUGCGUGUGGAGCCUCCAUGCAUGUAACUUGUCCCAUGGAUGCUUAAUCAGAUUGGGAUCUGGGAAGAUUUAGGGGCCAGGUCUACAUCUGGGUGGUGCAUGUCAAAUCGCAUCCACAUGAAUCCAGGACCCAUGACUUCCCAGCAGAACAUUGCAUUAUCACAAAUUAUCAAUGUUACUCACGUCACUUGUUCAUGUGAUCGGUCUACAUGUUUGUGAGUGUGUCUGAAAGCAAACGCAAGAAUCUGAUAAGAUGUGUUUGCAUUUGGCUUCCCACUUUGAGUGUGAUUGAAGUAAAACAAAUUUAAGGGGACUAAUCAGAACAUUUUUAACAUGCCAUAAAAAGAAGAAACUCGGAAUUUUAGUGUUAAUGUUUCUAUUCAGAGUUCACGUGAGGUUCAGUACCUAUUUAGGGGUGUGUGUGUGUGUGUGUGUGUAAUGUGCGUGUAUAUAAAUGGUGUGACAGAUGUGUUUUUGAGGUGUGUAUGCUCGCUUAAUACCUUUCUGCUUUUGGCUUUUGUUAGUAAGCGUAAAGAUUAGGCCUAAAAAGAUGUAGUUAGAAUAUAGAUGGCUGAUAGUGCCUGUACCGAAGGGCACGGGUAAACUCACUGCAAGCACACCUUCACUUUAGUUUUUUCUCACAAUGCCAAACUACAUUUUAGUCAGCUACGCUCAGAACUCGGUACAAAACACGAAGGUCACUCACAGUAAGGAGCGAUGUUGGUUUCUAUAGGACUCUUUAUGCUGAGGAGAGAAGCCACAUGUGGUUAUGCAUAUCAUAACGUGCCUUUUUGUAACAUUUGUAGAGAUCUUUUGGAUGAGUGAAUUUAUGAGAGAUUUAUUUAUUUAUUUGCAGCUUUAUUUUGGUAUUUUCUCAUAUGCAUCAUCAUCUGUACAAUUCUUGUUAAAGUCACUGUAAUGCAGAAAAUGAUCACAUACUGUUAUUCGUGCACGCAUAUGUAAGUUCUCCAAGUGUUUUUCCCUUUGUAAGUUCCUGUGGGUGAAGUGAGAGUAAAUGGCGUUAAACAAAUGUUGAAAAUACGGUAUGUUCAGGUUUUGGAAUUGAAGUCAUUUGUAUGUGUGUCUCAGACAAAUUUGGUCAUUUAACUGUCGUGUUCCUGACAAGCUUAAUAAAUAAACUGCAACAAGGUAAUAGGUAAAUGUUGGGUCUGAGGUUUUAGAGCCUGUGUUUGUGGAUGCAUGCAUAAGCACAACUGAAAGGAUUCUUGACUUUAAAAUUAAAAAAUAUUGCCAGACAGCCUCAGAGUUAUAUCAUCCAAGUCCGAUACAAAAUGACCAAAGAAGUGAUGGAAAAUGGAGUCAGGCAAAAGUCAAGUCAGUGGUAAUGAGGCACUUUAAAGACUGUUGAACUGCACAAAUGACAAAUCUGGUUACAUCUUUAACUUUUAUUUAAAAAAAAAAAAAAACUGAUCUGAUUUUAUCCUCACUUUAUCUGUCACCUGUGUGGUAACUUGAUGGAUGUAAGUGAGAAACUGCUGUGGGACAGAAUAUAUGUACUGGGCUGAUAUUAUGCGUCAUGUUUUACAUUAUCUGUGGCUCACAAUGUGGCAUACUUGGUGUCAUUCUGAAACCUGUGUGGUUUUAAACAAAGUUUGUGCACACAAAUAUGUAAUGAUGGAACUGCCAAGAAGCCAGUGGUGUUCAAACUGUUGAAUUAAUUAAAAUUGAACAAAAAAAAAUAGUGGCUGUCUGAUAUCACAUGUUGUUACUGCUUUUGAAUAAAGAAAGUUAUUUUUAAGUUACACUGUAAGUUAACCGAUGGAAUAAAGAUAAAGUGCCACUGCUC